GGGCUUUUGUCAGGUUAAUACAGUUUGUUUUCCUUCCGGCUGCUGUUCUGCAGAGCCUGGGUGGAAUCCUGUCCCCCUUGAGCGCAGCUUGUGGUGAUUUCGGCAGGGCCACGAUGGCGUUCGGGGAGGUUGGCCGUUUACCUGCGCACCCUGAGGGAAGGUACCUGACAUCUGUUUGGAGACUGGAAAUAAUUGUCCUUAAGUUGGCCAGAAGCAUGAUUUUUUUCUUGAAGGUACUGAAAUACCUGCAGAGAUUUAGUUUGAGUGAGAACAUGGGGGACGUGACACCAGAGGAGGAGGUCGAGCUCAGGGCUUCUAUCUGCCACUUGUUUGAAUCCAGCAUGAGGAACGAAGCAAGAAGACUGAGGACUUUUUGGCAGUGGCCAGGCACCUCACCUGUGUCUGCCCGAGAUUUGGUCAAGGCUGGCUUUUUCUUUGUGGGUCCAAGAGAUGAAGUACAGUGUUUCUGCUGUGGUGGUGUCCUGAAGGACUGGAGACCUGGUGAUUGCCCAGUAGCAGAGCAUCUGAAGUUCUUCCCUUCCUGUAAAUUCAUUUGUGGUGAGGAUGUUGGGAACCAAGAGAUGCUUCCUCUUCAGGAAAUCUUUGACACUGUGGAUGGGCAGUUCCUCAGUCUUUUGCAGGGGAUAGACAGUGAGGAGACAGCCCUACCCAAUGAACCAGAAUACCCAGAGAUGGUAGCAGAGGAGAUGAGACUGUCUACGUUUCGGAACUGGCCGCAUUACACCGAUAUGCAUCCUGAGCAACUGGCUAGAGCAGGAUUCUUUUACACAGGACAGGAUGAUAUAGUCAGGUGUUUUUACUGUGAUGGAGGCGUGAGGAACUGGUCUUUUGGAGAUGAUCCUUGGAGGGAACAUGCCAAAUGGUACCCGCGGUGUGAAUUUUUAUUGCGGUCAAGGGGGAGAGAAUUUGUUAGCAGUGUGCAGGAGUCCUUUUCUAGCACCCUGAUAUCUCCAAGAGAUUCCUGGGAUCAGACUGAACAAGAUUCCUCUGCUUCCCAAGAUCCUCUGAGGAACUGGGAAUUGCAGGCUCUUCCUUCUCUGGAUCCAUUUACCAUAGUGCAGAAUGUCCUGGAGAUGGGCUUUGAUGCCACCUGGGUGUCUAGCCUGGUAGAGAAUAAAUACAUGCUGACUGGGACUUUCUACCUUUCUGAGUCUGAACUGAUUUCUGAUCUGCUUCAGCCAGACUGGGAAGAGAGCAGCAGUGCAGAGGAAAGCGGAGAUGCUGUUCAGAGAGAGACUGAAACAUCGAGUUCAAGAGAAGACAUGCAGCAAAAGGAAUCAGAUGAGCCUCAGAUGAGUGCAGAAGAACAGCUCCGACGCCUGCAAGAGGAAAGGAUGUGCAAAGUGUGCAUGGACAGAGAUGUUUCUGUUGUGUUUGUUCCUUGUGGCCACCUGGUAGUUUGUGGAGAAUGUGCCCUCAAUUUGAGAUUGUGUCCCAUCUGCAGAGCGGUCAUCCGGGGAAGCGUGAGGACUUUCAUGUCCUGAACCAUGAUGGGAAGGGGAAAGCUAAGUCUAUACAACUCAUUUGUAAAACAGCAAAGGAAGAAAAUAAGUAAAUAAGAUUGCUCCAGCAUCAAACUAUUUGCAGGGUAGCUUGGCAUAAGUGUAAAAACUUACUAAAUGUGCCUCCUAUGCACAGUGUUUCUAGUAAGAGUUGCUGGUUUGCUGUACUCUUGCUGAUCUUGCUGUAGGACUGCUCCAGAAAAACUCUGCUGGUUUCUUUUGUCCUCCAAAGAUGCUCCAAAAAGAGGCGUUUGUUGACAGAGAUGCACCUUCUCCGAAUUCUUGUAUUCUCAAAUGAAUCCCUGCUCUGUGUUGAAAUCAAGGGCUGUUUUCAGUAGACUGCCUCUGGUUUUCUUUCUCUCACUUAGCAGUUGUUUAGAGACUAUUCUGCUAGGGUUGAUGAUUUCCUUCAGUAAGUCAGAGUCAAAAUGGGAGUAUUUUCAUAAAAAGUGCAUUCUGUUGAGACUAGAACACUCAUCAGCAAUGCAUUGUGGGGGAAGGAGAAUCUAAGUUUUUCUUCUAUGCUCUUUGCUGUCUCCCCCCGCCUUGUUGAACUGCCAACAAUUGAUGGA